UAUCCGCAAGUUACUACGAGAGCUUUGCUCCGAGUGGAAACGCUAACCGGAUGCUUCAGAUUUAUACAUCCGCUGAAACAUCAUUGUUCUUUGUUACGUGUAUCCUAGCUAUUUCGCUUCCGCAAGUCCGGUCGUUGUUUUGAUCAGCUGACUGCAUCAUUCUCACAUGAUUCCAUCCGUCUACGGUUGUUGGAAUUCUCACUGACUGCGACUUGACUGUCUUCUAUGGGAGAGAGUCUGCUUGAAGUGACUACACUUCAGGAGAGGUGACAUAGCGUKUUGUGGAAGAUGCCUACCAAUAAGUCUGUGUCGAAAGCGCCGAUCACCCAGUUCGUCAACUGCAGGAUACUAAGAGAUCACAAGCUGCAGAGAGAGGAUCUGUGGGUGCGGGAAGGGAGGAUCCUAGACCCAGAGAAGUUGUUCUUUGAUGAGGAAGGCUAUGCAGAUCAACGUGUUGACUGUGAAGGCCUCAUCAUCGCUCCUGGGUUCAUUGACGUUCAGAUCAAUGGAGGAUAUGGCAUCGACUUCUCGCAAGCAACCAGUAAUGUCAGAGGAGGUGUGGCCCUAGUAGCCAAGAAAAUCUUGGAGCAUGGUGUCACCUCUUUUUUACCCACCCUAGUCACCUCCCCUCCAAACAUCUACCACAAGGUCUUGGCUGAGGUUAAAGUUCAUAGUGGAGGAGUGGAGGGAGCUGGAGUUCUGGGCUGUCAUCUAGAAGGUCCAUUCAUCAGUUUAGAGAAGAAGGGAGCCCAUCCGGAGCAGUACCUGCGCUCCUUCCAGUCGGGCGGCAUGUUGGACCUGAUUGAGACCUACGGGACCCUGGAUAACGUUGCCAUGGUGACGUUGGCCCCCGAGCUACCCAACAGUGAGACGGUGAUUAGAGAGCUGGCUCAGAGGGGCAUCACUGUUUCUCUAGGACACUCUGUAGCCAACCUGUCCCAAGCUGAGGAGGCUGUGCAGAACGGUGCUUCAUUCAUCACACAUCUCUUCAAUGCUAUGCUGCCUUUCCACCAUCGAGACCCGGGCAUCGUGGGUCUCCUCACCAGCGACCAGGUUCCCCAGGACCGGACGGUCUUCUACGGAAUGAUUGCCGAUGGCAUCCACACCAACUCUGCCGCCCUGCGUAUUGCCCACAGAGCACACCCUACAGGUCUAGUGUUGGUGACUGAUGCCAUCACAGCGAUGGGUCUACCUCCGGGCCGCCACACCUUGGGUCAGCAAGUCAUUGAGAUCCAGGGGCUCCAUGCUUAUGUAGCAGGCACCAAGACGCUCAGUGGCAGUAUAGCCACAAUGGACAUGUGUGUCAGYCACUUCAAACAGGCUUCAGGCUGCAGUGUGGAGCAAGCCCUGGAGGCAGCGUCGCUACACCCGGCCCAGCUCCUGGGCAUCAGCCAUUGUAAAGGCACCCUGGACUAUGGGGCAGACGCAGAUCUCGUUCUGCUGGAUGAUGCUCUCAAUGUCAGAGCCACCUACAUCGCAGGCCAGGAAGUGUGGAGGAAAUGACCUCAAAAUAAUCAGUCCCCCACCACUGCCCCACCCACCCACGUGGACCAAAUGGGCAUGCCCCAAAUGGCAUCCUAUUCCCUAAAGAAGUGCACUAUGUGUUGUUUGAUACAUGGGAACAUAGCACUGGGGUAACGCAGUUUCUCUGGACCCCCGCAAGGUUGGAUCCCUCCCUAAAACAAAAUCUUAAGUGUCAGCCAGACAGCCACUCAUAAAGUAUAGACUACCGAUUGUUGUCCAUUGUGCUGAAAUUGUGACAUAUCUAUGCAGCUGCAUGCAUAUCGAAUCGAUGAUAGGAUUUCUGUGGUGGAAGGGCAUGUAAAGCUUUGCAUUAGCUAAUGGAUCAGUGUUUAUUGGUAGGCCUAUUUGGUUAWAAUUUUCUCAUGUUAAGCCGAACAUUUCACAAAGCUAUACACGGUGUCGCAAUGCUGACAUUUUUGGGCUGAUGGCAAUAAUGUAAUUACUUAAGUAAUUAAAGUUGUAAAUUCAGACAUUGCAGAGUGUAAAAUGUAUUUGCGAUGCAACAACAUACUAAUCAGCUACCAAUUGAUUUUUUUGAAUAUAUUGUACAUCUGUCCAGUAUAGGCUACCGGAACCUGCAUGACAUGAGCUGUUCUCGAUCUCUCCCAGCUUGGAUAGAAAGUUGUUAUGCAUAAAACCAGUCUAUUAAAGGGAUAAUCCACCCCAAUAAAUAAAAUCAUAAAACUCCUGUCAAUUUGGUGAAAGCCUAUGUUCUAUUAGUGGGUAAAAUUCAAAUUUUCCAUGAUUUAACUUCUAAGUGGUCGGCCUGUGAAAAUCAGGAAAUUGUGUAGGAACGUGACAUAGCUAUAUAAUUAGAUGCCUUUUUGGCUGUGAGCUCACAAUUYCUUGUUAGACACUGGGAUUGUUUAUGCUUUAUUCAAGUCUGACCAUCACUCAAGUACAAACACAGGGUUAAAUGCCCCACGCUCCCAAACCCUAAACAAGGUACAACGUUUAAGCAUGAUUUUACUUCCUUUGUAGAUUUAAUUAAAUAUCUGCUGUAUCUGA